UAACCCAAUUGCCAUCCCUAUUCCCAACCAAUAACUCCCUCAUCCAUGGGUGGGUUCCGUGCGAGAACAGCGAUGGCACGCCAUGCUUCCAUCAAAUCGCCAAUAGCGAAAGCUUCAUCGCCAAGUUUCCAUCAAAUCGCCAUUGACAAAAGCUUCAGUGUCCAUGAUGAUCUUGCCGAUUCCAGUAACUCUUCUCAAUACGGAAACUCACACCAACCCAAAUUUGUAAAACAUUGGAUUCUAUAAAAUGCCACGAUACAGCUGUCUCCAGCUGUCAUUUCCCCACUAAAGUUCCGUGUCGUUUUGGGUCACCUAUAAAAUAGCUCUGCUUUUCACACUAGACUCCUUUGUUAACUUGGAUUUCUUUUAAAUUGCCUUUCCUUUUCAACCAUGGGCAUUGGGUUAGUGUUGAAUGGAAGAAGCAAGGGUUUUGCUUCUUGAGGAACAAUUGCUCAAAAUUAAUCAUUUUUUUUGGUUCUCUUCUAUUCUCAAUCUUCAAGAUUCAAAAUAUUUGAGUUUGUCAUCUUAGGAUUGAAGAGUGCUUAAAAAUGAGCUCUACAAACGUUGUUGACUUAUGUAGCAAUGAUGAACUUGGAGAAGUGAUGUGAAAGCCAUUAAACUGGAGCUGGAUUUGGUUGGGAGCUCGACGCAGCAAAAGGUGUACCAAAAAGCUGAUUUAGCCCAGCAUCAGAAGUCAAAGGUCCAUUCCACCAGACAAGAACCUGGACAGAAUGGGAGGUCAUAUAUUUUAAGUUGUAAUCAAAGUAGCACCAGUAUCAUGGAUCAACAGCUGUCUCCAACCAAUGAUGCAAUCUUUUCUUCUACAUUGCCUCAAUCUUCAAUACCCAUCUGUCGUCAAUUUUGGAAAGUGGGAAACUAUGAAGAUGGGCUCGCUUUUAAACCUACACUAAAAAAUGGAAGUUAUCUACAUAUUCACCCCAAGUUCCUUCAUUCAAAUGCCACUUCACAUAAAUGGGCUUUCGGUGCCAUAGCAGAACUGCUUGAUAAUGCUGUUGAUGAGAUACAAAAUGGGGCCACCCUUGUCAUUGUAGAUAAAACCUCAAAUCCCAGGGAUGGAAGUCCAGCAUUGUUAAUUCAAGAUGAUGGUGGUGGAAUGGACCCAGACGCAAUGCGGCGUUGUUUGAGUUUUGGAUUUUCUGAUAAGAAGUCAAAAUCAGCAAUUGGACAGUAUGGCAAUGGCUUCAAGACCAGCUCUAUGAGACUUGGGGCAGAUGUUAUUGUCUUCAGCCGUCAUUUGAAGGGAAGGAAGUUCACCCAAAGCAUUGGUCUUCUGUCGUAUACAUUUCUGACACAAACAGGACAUGACAGAAUAGUAGUUCCCAUGGUGGAUUAUGAGGUUAAUAUAUGUACUGGCAAAUUGGAAACUUUAGACCGUUGUGGUAAAGAACAUUUCAUGUCUAAUCUUUCCAUGCUAUUGCAGUGGUCUCCAUAUUCAACAGAAGCAGAACUUCUGCAACAAUUUGAUGACAUUGGGUACCGUGGCACAAAGGUCAUCAUCUACAAUUUAUGGUUAAACGGCGAGGGUACUAUGGAGCUAGAUUUUGACUCAGAUCCUGUGGAUAUUCGUUUAAGGGGGGAUGCCAAACAUAUGGGGAAGGGUAACAAUCGGUUGACAAUGACUGAACAGCACAUGGCUAACCAACUCCACUAUUCCCUCCGUGUAUAUUUGUCCAUCUUAUACUUGCGAGUACCUGAAAAUUUCAGAAUAGUAUUGCGUGGUCAAGUUGUUCAGCUUCAUAAUAUUGCCAGUGAUCUCAAAUUUCCAGAAUUCAUCUUGUACAGACCUCAUAGUGGUGGAUGUGUGGAGGGUUCUGUGAUCACAACAAUAGGGUUUCUGAAGGAAGCUCCACAUGUGAAUGUCCAUGGCUUCAAUGUCUACCACAAGAACCGUUUAAUACUGCCAUUUUGGCAUAUUGUAAGCUACAAUGACAAGAGAUGCAGAGGGGUUGUUGGUGUACUGGAAGCAAAUUUUAUUGAGCCUACUCACAAUAAGCAAGAUUUUGAGAAAACUUCUGUUUUUCAAAAGCUUGAAAACCGCUUGAAGGAAAUGACAUGGGAAUACUGGGAUUACCAUUGUGGACUCAUUGGGUACCAGGUUAAGAAAAAGCCUCGAGAACCAAUGCCUUCUAUGUUGUCAGCUGAUGGUAGACCACACAACGGUUUGCACCAACCUGUUGUGUUGAACAGUACCUCAUCUGUAGGUGAUGCUACAAGAGCAGCACCAGCAGGCCUAGCUCGUCGGUAUCCAGGAGCUGUUUCCUCGAGUUUCUUAAAAGGAAGCCCCGGACAAUCGUUACCCAACUUUCAAAGAAAUUCCCAUCAAGGAGAACAAUUAAAGAGGAAAGAACAUCAUCAUUUAGCGCAAGCUGAAAAGGUGAAAAGGAGGGCAGCAAUCAACUUAAUUGAUACUGGGUCAGAUCAGGAAAUGGAGCUUCAGGAGGCUGUCCAUACUACUGGAAAUCAGUUAGAAGAUCCGGUGGCCAAAAACCUGAUGCAAGAAACGAGGAGACUCCGAGCACAAUGCUUGGAAUAUGAGAAGAGGGAGGAAGAACUUAAUCUCAAGGUGACAGGGCUUACAAGUGAACUACGAGAGGCACAACAUGAGUAUGCCCGGCUGUUGACUGAAUUAAAAUUGUUCGAAAAUGUCAAGGGGGAAAAUAAAGUAGUGAUUUCUUUCAUUUGCUUUUCUUCAAGUUACUGCAUUUUGAAAGCGUGUGCGUUUAGAAUUGUGUAAAUUACAGUUAUCACCCUAUGUUAUUAGAACCCUCUGUUAUUAGAACAUGAACCCCUUAUUUGGAAACAAGAGCCAUAGAAUAUGAUGAUGUCAUGCUAUAAAAUUUUGAAAUUCCUACUUUAUCCUGCUUAAAAGUCAUAAUCAGUCAAAAGAAUAAAAUAUGAAAGUCAUUCCACCUUUCAUAUCAUAUGUGUCCAGACAAAUAAUUUUUUUGUCACCAACAUUUUUCCUCGUUCUCUCUACUUUUACUGGACCUAACAGUUUCUAUGACCACCACCAUGAUUGAACUCUCAAUUACACCACUAUCAUCACCAAACAACCACCUCAUGGAAACCUCCUCUCUUUUUGUGCCAAACUGAAUGCCUCACUACCGCCCAUAAGCACCACUUCUUUUCUCUCAACUAUGCUAGGAAAUAAGAAGAUUUUCACAUAAUGGGACACAUAUGUGAGACAAAAGGGGUGAGACCCAUCUUUUGUCUCACAUCUGUGUGCUAUUAUGUGAAAAUCUUCUAUGCACUUGGGCUUUCCUCUGCCAACUUAAGCACCCCAUCACCACCUCUCCUCUCCUCACCAACUAGAUCUUGCAAUUGGGUCAUGUCUCUCUCUCUCUCCACCCACGAAACCCAACAAUGAUUUUUUUGCACACCAACACCAACUUUGUUGGACCUUCUAGGUAUUGAGAAUCCAUUUGCUUGUGUGAAUAAGUAGUUUAGAAUAAAAAAAAUUGAUUGGUCACAAUGACGGACAAGGUCUAGUUUUACAUUUUUUUUUUUAAUUAAUUUACUUUUUGGAGUUGCCUGUUGAUGAUAUUCACGACCAUUUUUUU